CAGAAAUAUGUUAUCAGUACUGAGGAUCUAAGACUGCCUGAAGUCUGUAAACCUGAAGAAGGAAACUCCACGAGAAAGUUUUUUGGUGAUUAAAAAUGUUCCAAAGGAUCAUCGGUCUGCUGCUGCUUCUCAUGGCUGCUUGUUCAGCUCAGAGCACAGGGUCUGUAGCCACCAGCUGUGAGGCCUGUCAUAGUCUGGCUCAAUGCCAUGCCUCCCUCCACGACAACAGUGUCGAGACUGUGGGCGUGUCCUGUCGCUGUGAGGACGGUGUGGUGGGAGAUGGCUUCACCUGCUACAACAAAACCACUUGCAAUGAUGACUGCUGUGGCCAAGGCUUCCGCUGGUCACCACUGCAGGGCUGCGUGGACAUCGAUGAGUGUUCACUGCCCAAUCCUUCCUGCGGUCCUGGACAACUCUGCGAAAACACCCGAGGCUCUUUUUCGUGUCUGGUGAUGCCUAAUCUACAACGUCACACCAAAACCACAUCCCGCUCAGUGACGUUUGCCUGCGGGAGCACACAGUGCCCUUUCGGUCAGAGCUGCCUCCAGGUGAAUGGCACAUCUCAAUGCAUUGACCCAUGUCAGCACUACACUCCAUUACAAGAUGCAUGGCGAGCCACAGACUUCAGGCACCCAGAGUCUGUGGCCUGUGACAGCCGUACAGAUUGGCAGGGCUGGUACCGCCUCUUCAUCGGUAACAGCAGUGUUCGGAUGCCAGAGAGGUGCAUUGAGAGUCAUAUGUGUGGGACCGAUGCUCCGCUAUGGAUGCGAUCUCCCCACCCACUGGAGUAUGAGGGCAUCGUACGGGCGGAGGUUUGUGGCAGCUGGGAGGGAGGCUGCUGCCAGUUUCACUCCAACUUCAUCCACGUGAAAGCAUGUCCAAGAAACUACUAUGUCUACAAAUUUGUAAGCCCAAACUUGUGUCGGCUAGCUUACUGUGCAGAUGUCAACACCAUGGUGUGUAAUACCUGCGCUGAAGGUGAGACCUGUGUGAGUGACGACAAGAUCAACUGGAGGUGUGGGCAGCCAGCUCCUCGGCUGAGGUUGGUAGAUGGUAACACACCAUGCAACGGUAGACUGGAAAUCCUCCAUAACAACCAGUGGGGAACAGUGUGUGAUGAUUUAUGGGAUACAAACGACGCCAAGGUGGUCUGCCGACAGCUGAGAUGUGGCCCUGUCCAGUCAGCAACUGGGUCUGCCUCCUUUGGACAAGGCACCGGACCGAUCUGGAUGGAUAAUGUUGCCUGUAAAGGCAAUGAGUCUUUGCUAUCGGAAUGUGAACAUACAGGGUUUGGCACUCAUAACUGCAACCAUGGGGAAGAUGCUGGAGUCAUCUGUUCUGAUGAACUUAGUGGUUUUCCAGAGCCGGAGUUGGUGUGUGGACAGGAUCACCUGCGUCUGACAGUCCAGAAGAGGCUGUUGGAGGAACGAGGGCUGGACGCCUCCUCUGCUCACAUGAUCGACCCGCGCUGCCACCAGCAGGUCGACCAGCAGGAGGCGAUGUGGUACCUGGUGCAGCGAAGGAAGGGUAUCUGUGGAAACGUGGUAGAGACAAACGGCUCCCACAUUACAUACUCCAACAUUUUGUUCGUGUACCCGUCUGAUUGGUCCAACGACCUGCUCUCCGUCCCGAUGAGCAUCCCGUUCUCCUGCGUCUUCCCGCUCGAUGACAUCACCAGUCUCGACACCGCCAUUCGAUACCAGCUGCCUCGUAGAGUUGGCGUGGUGCGUUCAGGUGACCCCACCAGGGCGCGGAUGACUCUGUACGAGAGGCCGGACUACAGCAAGCCGUUCCCCGCUGGCCCGGUCAGCCUGCCGCUGGGCGCCGCCCUGCACGUCGGUGUUUCUGUGGAAAACUACGACAACAACAGCUUUGUGCUGCUUCUGGAGCACUGCUACAUCACAAACUCGCCCAACGCCGAUGAUCCUGCCAGAUAUGUCCUGAUCCAGAACAGGUGUCCAGUUGACCCUCGCCAUGUGAAGGUGGCGGAAAGCGGUGUGUCGCAGCGAGCUUGCUUCUCAGCGCUGCUGUUCCUCUACCACGGGACGUUUGAGGACGUUUAUCUGCACUGCCAGAUCAGCCUGUGUGACCGGGACAGAGGCCGCUGCAGCCCUAAUUGUUCCAGGCGACGCGCUCGGUCCGCCACCGUAGCCAAUCAGCUUCCUGUCACUGUUGGACCAAUCAGCUGGUCAUAACAAGAGCGCUGAGGCUGCAGAGGAAUCAACUUCCUGUUGCUGAGGCAGAGAAUCUUUAUUACUUCACUUUAUUACACAACAGUUUGGGUAUUUUCUAAAACAGCUUAUUUGAUUGUCACAUAGUAGAGGGAGACAAGGGAAUCAAUUGUCACUGCCAUCCCAUCCUGAGCCCACGAAAAUACUCAUAUCCCCAUCAGGUGACUGCCCCCACCCCCCCAAAAAAAUCCUGUCCUGCAAAAUCCCAAGAGAAAGACUCCCGAAUCCCAUUUGGUUCCCUAUGUUGUCUAAAGUUAUCAGACUCUUUUACCACCCUGUAGCAUGUUCGGUUAAUUGCGGUCAAAUCACUGAGGUUGCCUUGGAAAUUUAGGCUACACCAUACAUGCAUUACCUGCAGGCCUAAGUAACAUGUAUUACCUGCAGGCCCAGAUAACAUGCAUUAUCUGCAGGCCUUCAGGUAACAUGUAUUACCUGCAGGCCUAGGUAACAUGCAUUACCUGCAGGCCUAGGUAACAUGCAUUACCUGCAGGCCUAGGUAACAUGUAUUACCUGCAGGACUAGGUAACAUGCAUUACCUGCAGGCCUAGGUAACAUGCAUUACCUGCAGGCCUAGGUAACAUGUAUUACCUGCAGGCCUAGGUAACAUGCAUUACCUGCAGGCCUAGGUAACAUGCAUUACCUGCACGCCUAGGCGAUUUCAUUACAUAAUUCCUAACGGAGAUCUUCUCACAAUCAAAACACAUAUUUAUCGAUUUAGGGUAAUUUAGAAGAAUCGCUGUCUGUGGCUAGCAGUAGCCAAUCAACAAACGUAUUGUGAGUUGUAAGUUGUUCUCUUUUAUAAAACGAAAUGCCUCGCAAUCUUUGGGCGCACUCACAGCAUUGCAGCGUCAUUUUUUUAUUUAAUAUCCGACUCCGUCCCACUGCCGUAAAUUUCUAUGCUCUAUUCCGUCCUUAUCACGUUACCAACAGUGAAAUUGACUCCCGUACUGCGGGACUCCCGCGGGAAUACCGUGACCCGUCACCCUCUACUACACUGUCAGAAUUAUUUUUUUCCUAUAAAAAAAUUAGCAGAUUAAACUGAACAUCUGACUUUGUUUUGUGAUGAAAACAAAAAUAAAAAUGAAAGAUGAUGAA